AUGUCUGGACCAGGCGCCGGCUUCGAGUACCCGCCCGUCGAGGUGUCGUGGCUCAAGCGAGAUGUCUUGCUUUUCGCUGUCUCGAUCGGCUGCACGUCAGCCGACGAGCUACACUUCGUCUACGAGCUCAGCCCAAAAUUCGCAGUCUUCCCAACAUACCCUAUCCUUCUCCCAUUCAAGAAAACAUCUCAAGAAGUAAUCGACUUCUACGCCGCCCAAGCCGCCAUCCCUAUCCCCGGCGUGCCCAAAUUCGACUCCCGCCGCGUGCUCGAUGGCCAACGCCUCAUGCAAUUCCUCAAGCCACUCCCGCCUACGUCCGAGGGCCGCAAAUUCGAGCUGCGCUCAAAAGUACUGGGCGUCUACGACAAGGGUAAGCCCGGCACCGUGGUUGAGACAGAGCAAACGAUCGUUGAUAAGGAGACCGGUGAGGUCUACACAAGAGCAGUCGGCAGCGGGUUCUUUGUCGGACAGGGCGGUUGGGGUGGGCCGAAGGGUCCUGCGACGGAGAACUUCCCACCACCGAAGGGUAGGGAAUCGUCGCCGGACGCUGUGGCGGAGCAUCAGUGGACUGAGGAUAGUGCGCAUUUGUACCGAUUGAAUGGCGACUACAACCCGCUCCACGCCGAUCCCGAGCCAGGCAAGAAGAUGGGCUUCGGCGGCGCCAUCAUGCACGGUCUAGCAUCCUGGAACGUAUCCGCUCACCUACUGCUGAAGCAUCUGGGGGGCAGCGAGGCCGGAAACAUCAAGGAGUUCCAGGCCAGAUUUGCGGCGCCCGUAAAGCCGGGUGACAAGGUCGUGGUGGAGAUGUGGAAGACGGGCAAUGUCAAGGAUGGGUGGGAGGAGGUCAGGUUCCAGACUAAGGUCGGCAGCAAGGUGGUGUUGAGCAACGGCAGGGCACUGAUGAAGGUAGUGGGUGUCAAGAGCAAAUUGUAG